AUUUUUAAAAGCAAUUACUUGAGUCAACUCAAUAGUAAGACAAAAUACAUUUAGUUGCCAAAAUUUUGGUUUUAAAUUAAAUAAUGGCUAAAGAAACCUUAAAACGUGCUUUAGUAGAUGUUGUAUAUGACAGCGAUGACGAUUCUGUAGAAAUAAAACCAAAAAUAGAAAAAGUUGAUAAAAGUCGGCAUUGUCCUUACCUAGACACAAUAAAUAGGUCAGUUUUAGAUUUUGACUUUGAGAAGCUUUGUUCUGUAUCAUUAUCACACCUGAAUGUUUAUGCUUGCCUUGUUUGUGGAAAGUAUUUCCAAGGUCGUGGUAAUAAUUCUCAUGCAUAUACGCACAGUGUUCAUCUUGGACAUCAUGUUUAUUUAAACUUACAUACUCUCAAGUUUUACUGUCUCCCAGAUAAUUAUGAAAUUAUUGAUCCAUCCCUAGAAGAUAUUAAAUAUUUGUUACAACCUACAUUUAGUAAAGAGCACAUUCGUCUUCUUGAUAGCUCUACCAAAGUAUCUCGUGCUCUUAAUGGAACAGUGUAUAUUCCAGGUGUUGUUGGCCUAAAUAAUAUCAAAGCAAAUGAUUAUUUAAAUGUUGUUCUACAGGCUCUUGUUUUUGUUCCACCUAUUCGCAACUACUUCCUAAGAGUUGAACAUUACAAUAAUAUUAAAAGACCUCCUGGUGAUAUAAUGUUUCCUUUAGUGCAAAGAUUUGGUGAGUUAACUCGAAAAAUAUGGAAUCCUAGAAAUUUUAAAUCUCAUGUUAGUCCUCAUGAAAUGCUACAGGCUGUUGUGUUGUGUAGUAAUAGACGUUUUCAGUUUACAAAGCAAGGAGAUCCGAUUGAGUUUCUUUCAUGGUUUAUAAACGCAUUGCAUUUUACAUUGAAUGGAACAAAAAAAUCAAAGAGUAGUGUGAUUUACAAAGCUUUUCGUGGUGAAAUGAAGCAAUUUUAUAGAAAACUUCCAGCUACUGAUGAUAAAGAAAUAGAGAGAAAACUUUUAGAAAGUGAAGAAUAUAAAGAAAAGGAAUCAGUAUCACCAUUUUUAUAUUUGACAUUGGAUGUCCCUGCAUCUCCUUUAUUCAAGGAUGAACUAGAACAAAAUGCAAUCCCCCAAGUUCCUCUAAUUAAUCUUUUACAAAAGUUCAAUGGACACCAAGAAAAAGAAUACAAAACAUAUAAUGAAAUAUCUGUAAAGAAGUUUAUACUCACCAAGCUUCCUAAAUAUUUGAUCCUUUUUAUUAAGAGAUUCAAUAACAACACAUUCUUUGUGGAAAAAAAUCCAACUGUUGUAAAUUUUCCGGUUAAAGGAUUGGAUAUGAAAGAAUUUUUGUUAGAUGACAAAGAGGUCCUUGAAAAUAAUAAGGAUACCUGUUAUGAUCUUAUAGCUAAUAUUUCUCAUGAUGGGGAACCAGGAUCUGGAAAGGGAACAUAUCGUGUUCAUGUCCAUCAUAAGGGCAAUAAAGAGUGGUAUGAGCUGCAAGAUCUUCAUGUAAAAGAUAUUUUACCACCUAUGAUUACUUUAUCAGAAAGUUAUAUUCAGAUAUGGGAAUUACAAGUAAAGCCUGUUAUAAAGACAAAUCCAAGCGAUUGAAUCAUUUUUGUUAAAUUUAGUUGGAACCGUAUUUUGUUGAUUUAGAAUAUCAAAUAUUGAAUAAAA